UUCAAGUUAAACGACCCGGGUUGCAAUUUUUUACAGUGUGGAGUGUCUUCGCUCAUGCGUGAUGUGACUCGAGCACCACUCGGGACUAUCUGCUCACACACACACGCCUGUAGCGUGUCAGUGUGUGUGUGUGUGUGUGUGUGUGUGUGCCAGCCGGAUCGAUACACCAGCAAUUAGUCAGCUCCAAUUAGUUCCCAUUAACGAGCCACACAGCCAGUCAGGAAGAGUGCGUUCAUCUGCUGCUGCCUUUUCCCCGGACUACAACAACUGGGAUGUGUGAGUAGAAAGCCCGCCAGGCUCACCCACAGCACCCAGAGGUGUCUCCAAACAUGGACAGGAUAGGGGUGUCGUUCCUGGACCCUCUGGAUGACUACGAGUUAAUCCACCGGAUUGGGUGCGGCACCUACGGAGAUGUGUUCAAGGCUCGUAACAUCAGGACAUCUGAACUGGCAGCUAUCAAGAUUGUCAAGCUAGACCCUGGCGAUGACAUCACAUCCAUCCAGCAGGAGAUCACGAUGAUGAAGGAGUGCAAGCACAAAAACAUUGUGGCCUACUUCGGCAGCUAUCACAGGAACACCAAGCUGUGGAUCUGCAUGGAAUACUGUGGUGGGGGGUCACUUCAGGAUAUGUACCAUGUGACGGGCCCAUUAAAGGAGAAACAGAUAGCGUACGUGUGCAGAGAAACCCUCCAGGGUUUGUAUCACCUGCACGAAACUGGCAAAAUGCAUAGAGACAUAAAGGGAGCCAACAUCCUUCUGACAGAGAGAGGAGAUGUAAAACUGGCUGACUUUGGAGUGGCAGCAGAGAUCAGUGCCUCCGUAGCCAAAAGGAAGUCUUUUAUAGGAACUCCCUACUGGAUGGCUCCAGAGGUGGCUGCAGUUGAGAAGAAGGGCGGGUACAACCACCUUUGUGACAUCUGGGCCGUUGGCAUCACCGCCAUCGAGCUGGCUGAGCUCCAGCCACCCAUGUUUGACCUCCACCCAAUGAGAGCGCUGAUGUUGAUGUCCAAAAGCAACUUCCAGCCUCCAAGACUAAAGGAUAAAGCCAAAUGGUCAGCAAGUUUCCAAAGCUUUGUGAAGAUGGCUCUGAUUAAAAGCCCUCGUAAAAGGCCCUCAGCUGAGACACUGCUGCAGCAUCCGUUUGUGACACAGCUCCUGACACGUAACCUGGUCAUUGAGCUGCUGGACAUGGCCAACAACCCUGAGCUCCACACUGCCCACACACACAGCAUGGACGACAACGAGCUGGAGGUCGGGGAACUGGCUCCUGACAAGAUUCAGUCAGCAGGGAAACACCUGCCUGUAGAGAGGACCCUAUCUGAAGAACAAUUCGAUCAAGUGAAGUUUGGGCCUCCUCUGAGGAAAGUCACUGAGCCUUAUCCUGAUAUGCAGGGCUCAUAUGAUGAUGACUGGAGUCUGUCUGGAGAUGAAGACAACUCACCGAGCCUGUUGGAAUGUGUGGAGCAAGCUCUGCAGCUGAGGAGUUUAACCAUUAGGAGGGCGCCAUCUACUGAUGGAGGUAGAAAGAGUGGUUUGUUCAGUCCUUCUACAGCCUCCCUGCCAGCCUUCAGCUCUUUAACUCCCAACGCAGACGACAGUGACCUGACGCUGAGACCCAGCUGCACACUCGGCCCCGACGCUGCUGUCACUGCUGACUCCCCCUCCACUACAGUGUUGGCCAGGUGCUCAGCCACACAGGACAUCAGACAGCGCUGCAGUGAUCCAUGUCUGCCAGGAGGGGACGCUGUAACAGUGGAGAAGAGGAAGGUCACCACUGUUUCCUCUCCCAAAAGGGAGACACCACUGUCACCUGAAUGGAGCACGCUAAGAAAAAAGACUGAGGACGCUAGGGCUGAUUGUCAUGGACUUCCUCCUACCCCUCAAGUCCAUAUGGGAGCCUGCUUCUCCAAAGUCUUCAACGGUUGUCCCCUUAAAAUCCACUGUGCUGUCACAUGGGUUUUACCCAAAACAAGAGAUCAGUACCUCAUUCUCGGGGCGGAGGAGGGCAUCUAUAUACUGAACCUUAAUGAGCUUCAUGAAGAUACACUAGAGAGGUUGCUCCCUCAGCGAUGCACAUGGUUGUAUGUUAUGAACAAUGUGCUGAUGUCUGUAUCAGGGAAGUCUUCCCAGCUGUAUUCCCACAGUCUGACGGCUCUGUUUGAACAAAGAGGACAUCUGCAGAAGAAACACAGCAGCCUGUCACUCACCACCAGCCGCUUCACUGAGAGGAUCAGCUCUAGCCACAGAAAGUUCGCCAUAUCUGUGAAGAUCCCCGACACUAAAGGCUGUAGGAGAUGUAGUGUAGCGAGAAACCCAUACACAGACAGUACAUUUCUAUGUGGGGCAGUUCCAUCAGGCUUGGUUCUUCUGUUGUGGUAUGAACCUCUGCAGAAGUUCAUGCAUUUAAAGCACAUAGCAAUGAGGCUACCUGACCAUCUGCCGAUAUUUGAGCUGCUGGUGUUGGUGUCAGAUGAGUUUCCCCAGCUGUGUGUUGGUGUGAGAGACUGUAGUAAUGGCAAACGCCCAACCAGCGAACAGCUCAAGUUUGAUAUUAUCGAGCUGAACAGCACACCUAUUUCAACCCCAGAUAGCGGAGCACUCAAGGCAGUACAGGUAACCCAGCUGGACAGAGACACUGUUCUCAUUGCAUUAGAAAAAACUGUUAAGGUUGUGAAUCUCCGAGGGCUUCCAUCCAAAGAGCUGGCUCCUGAAAUGGUCUUUGACUUCCCCAUUGAAACUCUAGUCUGCUUACAGGAUAGUGUUCUGGCUUUCUGGAAGCAUGGCCUCAAAGGGAGGAGUUUUCAUUCAAAUGAGGUGACCCAAGAAAUUACAGAUGAGAGUCGAGCAUUCAAAGUUUUGGGAACAAACAGGGACAUCAUCCUUCAGAGCACACCAACAGAUGACCCCUCAGCACUGAGCAACCUGUACAUCCUGACUGGACAUGAAAGCAGCUACUGAGAGGAGAUGUACCAACUUCUUCAAAACUCACACUGACGAGAAAUGCAGAACUGCUCUAUUACCCCGUGGUGCAAACAAGGUCCUCCUUCACUGAAGCUGUAACAGACACUAGCAACAACUUUCUGGUCUGAGUGACACAUGUCAGUAUGGAAUUCAGCUGCCCGUCCAGACUCAAACUGAAAGAUGUUGGGCAACACAUUUACGAGAGAUUCGCCAACACGCUAGGUGCGUUUUCUAACUCUUACAUUUGCUAAAUAAAGCUGCAAAUGCCAAGAUUUCUUGUAAAAACAGUUCAUCUUACCAGCUUACAUCACAGUGUGACUGCAGCAGGGAAGACAUUCCCGCUGAUGGAGAUGCUACAGAUCGAUUGCUGUCAGCAUGGACCAUAGACUGUAGAACAGCAUGGACUUAACAUCUGACAGGCAACACACAAAUUUCUGAACUGUUUUGAAGCUUUCCUUUGGGUUUACCGGAACCAGAAUAUUUGGUCGGAUGAGAGGUGUAAGCUGCAUACACCACAGCUGAGUGUGAGAGGCUGAGGCCACAUCCACACUAAUAGGUUUUAAUUUUAAAACAGUGUUUUAAAACAAAAAUGAUCUCUGAAGGCACAAGCGUUUAGCACAGUUUCAGAAAUUAUCUCUGUCCAUAUUGACACACCUGAAAACACACAUCAUAUGACCAUUCACCUACACUGGGUAUAUGCAUGCCAGUGCAAACAGGAAGCAGAUUGUCUGCUCUGUUGUUUGCUUAGUUACAGAAAAUACAGAAGUGGCGAAAAGUAAGACCAUAGAUUUUUUAGCUUGGACCAACAACGAGGUGGAACUGUUAGUGAGAGUAACAUGAGAAGAACAGAUUGGGAGUCACUGAGCAGUAUCUAUCACUGUACGAAGUCAUGGUAAUGGGAAAAGAGUUCCCACACAAGAAGGAUCAAAUCACAGAAGUUAUGAGGACCUAACUAUAACGUUUUGCCUUGACUCAUCACUGAUCCCCAAUCGGGAAGUGAACAUGGGUGUCUGCAUCAUCAUUUUCAAAAGCCUCCGUUUCCACCUAUGUAACCUCAAAACCAACCCCUGAGUUCUCAAAUAGGUCAGCAACGUUUUCAAAAUAGUAAUGCAUUCUAAAACAAAAACGUAUUAGUGUGUGGAUGUAGCCUGAGACUCCUGUCAAUCAGUCACAAAAGGAAUAUCGAUCCUCAUGAUUGCCACAAAGACGCACUGUAAAGGAAAUUAUAAAAUGUAGGAUAUUUUCAAGGGAUUUCCGUGGAGUCUCAUGCUUGUGGCCCCUAGUGACCAUUGGUGCAACCACAACUGAAUACAGUUGCUCCACCACUCAGGGGAGCAACAAAGGGGUUGCUUUUUAUUAUACACUCUGGUCUGUCCAAACAGUAAUGCUAUUGUUAUUACCACUUUCUCAUAAAUGCCAUUCACGUCAAAAUUGGGGUCAUGAUUAUGACUAGGAAACCAGGAUGUUUUUGAAAGAGCAUGGUAUUUUUAAGCCUCACACAACCUCCUCUGCAAUUUCAAUUGUCCUGAGUUGUCUAAUGAUAUGAAUGCUCCCAAGUUGUAAUAGAAGUCUCUCCCAUCUCUACCAUCCAUCCCAUCAGACCUCAAUGUCAGAACCAAUGACUUUAUAUAAAGAUUGAAAAUGGCCCAUGUCCCAUCUGCUAACAUGGAGGGGGCAGGGCUAAUGAGCUAUACUGCAGCCAGCCACCAGGGGGCAAUCUAAAUGUUUUGGCUUCACUUUUGGGAAGCCGUCAUGCCAUCCAUCUUUAUAUACAGUCCAUGCCCAGAACCCAUUAGCUAUCGUCUGAUGAUAAUAAGCCUCAAGGGGCGAGGGCCACUAUUUCAGGUUGAUGCGAUGUAGUCAGCAGAUUUCCCUGCCAAGACUUCCUCAUCUGUGUGUCAGUCAUUUCAGCUAAUCUCUAUGAACAAAUAUCUCCAUAUGAAUGCAAAGAAAUUUAAACAAUGCAAAUAUAAAGCUUACUAGUCAGAUGAUAGCCGAUAGAAACUAGAGCAGUUCUGGUACCAAAAUCUUGACACAUCCUCUACAGAUUUUGUGUACAUGUGCAGAUAUCAGUUUAUAGAGCUGUAUAACCUGAACUUGACAGAACCAAAGAAGCACAAAGGAGUUCUUCCUCACCCUCAAACAGCAGAUAUGAUUUUUUUUUUUUUAACACCUUCCACGGUUUGGUGUUUUGAUAAAAGGAAAGGUUUGGUGGAAGGUAACUCAAAAAGAAGACAGGGCCUCGACUCUAUACAAUUUCCCAUGAAGCAACAUGUCAGUGCAUAUUACAUUUACAUAUUAAGAGUGUGUGUAACCAAGCUAACUUCUCAAAUGUAUACUUAUACAAGACUCUUGUCAGUCUGAAAUUCACAUUCAAAUGUAUUUUGAAAAUUGUGAAUGUGCCAGUGUAGCAGCAUUUAGGCUAUUAUUAUUUACCACCAUUUUGAUAAAUCCCAUUCAACUUUCUGAAUAUGAAGUGUCCCUCCAUACAGUCAGUUACCCAUUGGUGCCAAACACUGUGACUCUAUCCCUCUUCCCUCGGCUUUGUUAUUAAUUCAGCUUACACAUAGGCUAAAUGUAUAUUUGAUUACAUGAGGUGCCAUAAAACUGAAUUCAAUUAAAUUGUACUUCUGCUUGUUUGACUAAAAUGUAAAUUCCACUACAUUAGAGUGUUGUGUAUCAUGAUAUUUGUUAUUUAUAGAAAGGGAAAUGUAUAAAUAACACUCAUCUGUCCCUGAGAGAUACUUGAAAGACAUACAUAAUAUGCAAAUAGAUAUUUGUUUUUUAAGAUGUUUUUAUUGUUACUGUGUAUACAUUUUAAGUACAUAACAAUGCAGUGUGCUCUUAUGGUAUUGAGGGGUUGUAAAAUACGCAAUAAAGAUUUGAAUAUCCUCUGAAGCUGAAGGAGAUAUAGGUAUGUUUCAUUGUCAUUACAAAGGUUCACUUGUAGCCUUAACAGAGGUUUGGUUAGGUGUCACAAUACAACAGUCGUAGGUAAUGUUUGUGGUCGCCUUAAGUGGGGAAACUCAUACUGAUACUGAUGCUCCUUAAACGAGUUACUGUACAUGUGAUAUCAAAGAAAUCAAAAUAAACUUUAUUUAACAUUUCUGAACUGAGAAAAAGCGACAUGAUGAUAUCUAUGAUGUUCUAUUUUGUCUGUGUGCUCUGACAAUUGUUGACCCCAAUUUAAGUACACUCUAGAAUACCUUGAUUACAAGUGUUUUGUCUUGUAAAUUUGUAAUAUAAUAUGUGUCCUAUGAUUUAUUUUGUUGUCAAAUACUGUACAUAAGCAACCAAAAAAAACAGCAACUCAAAAGUACAUAUGAGGCUAUGAACACAAGAAAAAAAGGUCUACUUACAGAAAGUACUUUUGUUCUUUGCUUAUAUGACUGCAGUCUCAUAGUAGCACAGAACUUUGAUCUUUUCAAGGCCCAAAGCUGGGCCAGGUCAUUAAAAUAAUUUAAUUGUGCGGCUCUUCUAGACUUUUUUUUAAAAAAUGUAUUCACUUAUUCACUCUUUUCCAAUGUAAAUCUAUGGGAUUAAGUCUUUUUGGGCCCUGUAGCAUGAUGAAGUUGUACUUCCAAGGUUUGGCCACUAUGCUGAAUUGGCUUUAAAGCCUG